AUGACUCUCUCAGCAUGCAACGUUGUGUCGAAUCCCUCUUUUGAAACUGGCAUCCUGAACCCGUGGCAUGCAUCUGCUGUGGACGUCGCCAAGAUAAGCAAUGGAACAACUGCAUACAGUGGGGACUAUUUUCUUAAUCUUCAAACCGCAGUGGGAAAUCGUGGCAACACAAUUUCGCAGUCCCUCAAAGACCUUAAGCCGCGCUCAAAAUAUGAUUUUAGUGUUCAGGUACAGAUGCCAUCGCCUUCUGGUUCGUCGUACUGCUCCGUGUAUGUCUACGCGGGCCGAAAUGCCACGGUCGGCGCAAUUGCCUCGGCACAGCUGUUCAGUUUUGGAGAAUGGACGGAGGUUAGGGGGAGCUAUGUUGCCAGGAAGGAUCAUGACAUUUUGAACAUUGUGGCUGCUUGUGGCUCGGAGGAUUCUUCGGUUACUGGAAAUAUUCUGAUUGAUAAUAUUAGCUUGACAUCUGGGCAGUGUGGAUGGGCUUCUGACUAG